UAUGGCGGACACAAUCGACGAUAUCUUUGCCGGUGACUCUCCGGAGGACAUCCAGAUGGUGAAGAAUACGAUCGAAAAGAUUCGUCUGGAAAUUAUGUCCCAUGGUGAGGAGGAGUACGACUCAUACGAUCCGGAAAGUCGCCAGAAGAUCGAGUUCAACAUCCAGAUCAAUAGGGUCACAUUGAUUCUGCAGGAAAUGUCCGAGACGUUGGAAGUGCUGUUUUGCUUGCCGCUAAUCUGUCGUAAUAAGGAUUUGAUGGAGCAACACUUCAACGCUGAGGAGCAGGAUGUGCUUCGAUUACUGAUCAAGUAUAUGCGAUCCAAGGUUCCUGACGAGGGUGGAUCAACUCCUACCGUUGCUGAGCUGUCCUCGUUCUCUCCGAUGAAGUUCGUCGAAUUGGUUUCAAUGUUAUCGAACAAAGAACUUCAUCAAAUCAUCAUUGGUCAGAUCAAGCAUCUCCCGGGAGUCUACCGGAAAUUCUUAGCCAACAUUCGAGAGUUCCGAAAGUUUACCAUCGCCAAGAUGAAGAUGACCGCUCAGAAAGAGUUGGCCAAGGAAAAGAUCCUGCACCGGAUGUGGCAGUCUAACCAGCGUAACAUUAAAGAAAUUGCUCGAAUUGAACAAAUUCUUCAGGAAAAGCGAGCUUUAUUCCAGGCGGAAAUCGAGGAGAAGACGUCGAAAAUCGAAAGAUACCGGGAAGAUAUUCGACGACUGGAUGAGCAAAGCAAGAACCAAAUCAAUGAAUUCAUUGACAAAUCCGACCGGAACAUGUUUCGUUAUUUUGAACAAAGUGACAACCGCUACGAAGAACUUCAGAAGGAAGCCAACCGUUGGACGACGGAGUACGAGACGAUCCUGGAGGAAGAUCUUCGUUUGGAGAAGGAAAAUCGAAUGCGAAAGGCAAAGCUGACGCAUCAGCUCCAGACGUGGCUCAAUAAGUACGACAAGGAUGCCGGCGAAAGGACCAAAGAGCUGAAAAGCUUGGCCAGUACCUUGAGAGCAAGGCAGCAGGAGUUCAAUGAGUGGAAACAAAACUCAUUCGACCCACAGGAGAUAGAAUACUUCGAAGCGAUUGAAGAACGUCGACUGGACGAGCUGCGGGCCCACGAAGAGCGUGUUCAUCUAUUUAUGAUGCACCGGGCAGCCAAGGUAUUGCAGCGGGCUUGGCGCUCGGUAGCCGAACGGAAGCGUAAAAUGCGUGGUCGUCGCGGAGGACGACGUGGAAAGGGCAAAAAGUAAACUUGCUACGAAUAAUUAUCAUAUUUUUCACAAUCGCAUCUUACUUCACCUUAUUAGUAAGUCUUACAAAUGCAACUCAGUAUUCAUAUCCAGCGUGCGCAAUCAUCUAUUUCAUCAAUCUACUUAACUUAAACAAAUAUCAAUUACAAUUCAUUAGAAUCUUUGGAAUAAAUUAGCCACUUUC